AUGGCUGACGUGCCGGUGAACCGCGACAGGAUCGUGCCCGUGAUGGCCGCCCGCAAACCUUCGACCAGAGCAAAGUCAGCCACGCCGACGCCCCAGCCUGUGCUUAGGCGGACGACUCGCUCGCAGACCAAGUUGCUUGGUCUCGACAACGUCGAUGUCAACCUGAAAACCCUCGCCGAUCGCGGCUUGUACGCUCACGAGACCAAGGGCGACGGAAAUUGCUUGUACUAUGCCUUGUCCGAUCAAAUGUACGGCGAUUUCGACCACGCCACCGAGAUACGCGACAGUCUGGCUUCACACAUGGAGGCUCACCGCGAGUACUUCGCCCAGUUUGCUGUCGUGGGAGGAGGCGAGCGUCGCUCCAAACGCGUCGUGCCCCGGAAAACAAGGCCCCCGAUCAUGAUGACCCCGUCGCCGACUCCGACCGAGAUUGAAGACGCGUUUCAAGACAUGGUCACCCGCACCGCGACCGACUAUGUCUGGGGAGGUGCCGAGGAGAUCCAGGCCUGUUGCCAGUAUUACCGACGUGACAUCAAGGUGUAUAGUGAGGAUAAUGUCCAGGAUUUCCGAGCGUGGGAUGCCCCCGAACGCGAACCACGCGACACCUUGCAUUUAGCCUAUACUAAUAAUGUUCAUUACUCGUCUGUACGAAACAUGGAUGGCCCACACGAGGGCAUGCCUAGUGUAUGUCCCAAGGAGCCGGCUGAGGAGGAUCCGCUCUUUGUUGACCUCGAAAUUGCUACACCAUGGAAAAUAUCGUGUAUCCAGGAGGGUUUAGGAGGCCAGUAUAAUCACGACACUAUAGUCGAAAUGCUCCGCCGAUGUCGAGGGAACAUCGACCGGGCUUUUGCCAACUUACUAGACGAAGAAUCCUCGACGUCUUCAAUAACAUCAUCCUCGGCAUCGGCCGCAUCCUCACAGUCUUCGGUAACGACCUUGGCGAGUUCAUCCAAGGACGAACGGCCACUUCCUAGUAUCCUACAGGCCACACUCAAACCGCGUCUAGCAUCGUCUCGAUCUUCAUCUCGGCACAGCACCGCUAGCAAACGCUCUGCCGAUGAUAGUGAUGACGAAGGUGGCCCUACCCUUGGAAGACGCCACCGAGGCCGAGAGCAGAAACGCCGCAUCUUGCCCAAAGUUACCGUGGGUAUCAACAUCGGCGAUCAGGAACAGCCCGAUCUCGUGUCUUUGCGGCUGCGGGUUGGCUCAGAUGCAGAAGCCAAACAAGCCAGCCCUUCUUCUGCGGACGAAACACCACCACCACCGCAGCACCAGCUGCCAGAGAAAAGUCGUAAAUUACGACCACGGCGACCGAAUAAUCCUAUUCCAGUCAGCCGAAUGACCCGCUCUGCCUCCUUGACCACCUCCCCCGAGACGGAGGUGAAAGCAGAAGAAUAG